ACAUUAUAACUAGUAGAGGAUCCUCAUCGACCAUGGCCACAGCUGCCUCGAAUCCCUACAGCAUUCUCAGUUCCAGCUCCCUCGUCCAUGCGGACUCUGCGGGCAUGCAGCAGGGAAGUCCUUUCCGCAAUCCUCAGAAACUUCUCCAAAGUGACUACUUGCAGGGAGUUCCCAGCAAUGGGCAUCCCCUCGGGCAUCACUGGGUGACCAGUCUGAGCGACGGGGGCCCGUGGUCCUCCACAUUGGCCACCAGCCCCCUGGACCAGCAGGACGUGAAGCCGGGACGUGAAGAUCUGCAACUGGGAGCAAUCAUCCAUCACCGCUCGCCUCACGUAGCCCACCACUCGCCCCACACUAACCAUCCGAACGCCUGGGGAGCGAGCCCGGCUCCAAACUCGUCCAUCACGUCCAGCGGCCAACCUCUCAAUGUGUACUCGCAGCCAGGCUUCACGGUGAGUGGUAUGCUAGAGCACGGGGGACUCACUCCACCACCAGCUGCUGCCUCCACACAGAGCCUGCAUCCAGUGCUCCGGGAGCCUCCAGACCAUGGUGAGCUGGGCUCGCACCACUGCCAGGACCACUCGGAUGAAGAGACUCCAACCUCUGAUGAGUUGGAACAGUUCGCCAAACAAUUCAAACAAAGAAGAAUCAAGUUGGGUUUCACGCAAGCCGACGUGGGGCUGGCAUUGGGCACACUGUAUGGCAACGUGUUCUCGCAGACUACCAUCUGCAGGUUCGAGGCCUUGCAACUGAGCUUCAAGAACAUGUGCAAGCUGAAACCACUGCUAAAUAAGUGGCUGGAGGAGGCUGAUUCAUCCACAGGAAGCCCGACCAGCAUUGACAAGAUCGCCGCUCAGGGCCGUAAACGCAAGAAGCGAACCUCCAUUGAGGUGAGUGUCAAGGGCGUACUGGAAACGCAUUUCCUCAAGUGUCCCAAGCCUGCAGCACAGGAGAUCUCCUCGCUGGCAGACAGUCUCCAGUUGGAGAAAGAAGUGGUACGUGUCUGGUUCUGUAAUAGAAGACAAAAAGAAAAAAGAAUGACUCCGCCAGGGGAUCAGCAGCCACACGAGGUUUAUUCGCACACGGUGAAAACAGAUGCGUCCUGCCACGAUCUCUGACUGGAGGAAGCAAGGAGGUGGCCCGCUGCACUGGGAGCAGUGCUGAUACAAUUCUCUCUUUACCUUCCUUUCAGCAUUACAUUCUUUAUUAUUGCUAUCUCUCUAGCUUGCUAGCUCUUCCUUUCUUUCACAGGGGUUUCUAACUUCUUAUGACUUAUGU